AUGUCUGCCAAGGAGAUUGUUCAAGGAGACAAGAUGGGCGGUCCUCGAGAGGGAAGUCUUGAAGCGCAAUCAGUGGUACAUCCACAGGAAGCAGCUGUGGAUUCGCCAUCUGAGACAAGAGAACAAUCACAAAUUGACACAGUUGAUUCUGCUGGUACAGAAAAGUCGAGUCAAGUUUCUAAUGGGACUGACAUAGUGAAAAGCGAGAUUGAUGGUAUACCAGUGCGUUACUCGGAAGCGAUCUCCCUUGAUGGGCUCGAAUUGGCUGCGAACAACCGUUGUAGAGGAAAGAAAACUGUAGGACUGCAGAGUGAAAUAGAACCAAGAGGAAAUUUAGGAAAAGAGAGGCGAAGGCUAUUCUCAGCCCAAAAUCCAGACCUAGUACAAGCACAGCAGCUGCACGAGGAGACCCUGGAGCAACUGGAGCUGAAGCUGCAGCAGCUGCUGGAGACAGCGCUGGUGGCGGCGGACGGCCCACCCCCGGCUCCCAGGCACCACCACCCCCACCUGCUGUACGACAGCGCCAAGUACCGCAACAGGGAUAAGCCUGCCAGGGAUGGUUCGCUGCCACAGAAACAGUUCCUGGCCCGAGAGUCGGUGCUCACGGAGAUGCUCAAGGUGCGGCACUUCCGCACCGUCUACAACAUCUUCAUCGCUACGCUGCUCAUGCUCUUCUUGCAAACAGCAGUCUACGACUUUGUCAUCGAAGGGCGAGUGAAGCUUGGCCUGUCGCUGGUGUGGUGGAACUUUUCCGGGUACCACACGGUAAUCACCACGUGGCUCUGCAUGCAGACCGCCACCUGCUGUCUGUACGCCGUCUUCUGCCGCUGGUCAGCGUUGCGGGUCGCUCUGCCUACGAAAGGGUACGGGCGACGCGUUCUGGACCUUGGCGGCCUGGUGUCCCUGUUGUGGUUCCAGACGCAGUUCUUAGUGCUGCCAGCGCGAAUCCUGUAUGCCAACAAGCUGCCUCCCGUAUCUGCUAUGAUCAUUCUUGGCGAACAGGUAAGGAUGCUGAUGAAGACGCAUGCUUUCAUUCGUAGCAACGUCCCGCAUGUUCUGGCGUACAAGCCACAUACAGAGAGAAGUUCCAGGCUGGUUCCGGAAUUCAGCAAAUUUCUGUACUUCAUGUUCGUGCCUACACUGUUAUACAGGGAUUCGUAUCCAAGGACGAAAGAAAUACGCUGGAAGGUGGUAGCCUGGCACUUGGCCGAGGUGUGCGCCGUCAUUCUGUUCGUCAGCAUCACCUUCGAGCGCAGCCUGCUGCCUCUGUUUGUGGACUUCGGGAAGCACCCUCCAUGUCCCCGGUCGCUGAUCGCCGCCGUUUUUGGAAGUAUGGUGCCGUCUCUUGCUGUGUUUCUUAGCUGCUUCUACUGUGUACUGCAUGCGUGGCAAAACGCAUUUGCUGAGAUGAUGUGUUUUGCUGAUCGCAUGUUUUACAAGGACUGGUGGAACGCGCGGUCGCACGCGACGUACUACCGCACGUGGAACGUGAUCGUGCACGACUGGCUGUACGAGCACGUGUUCCGCGACGUGAGCCGCCUGCUGGGGCCCGGCCGACGCACCCAGCCGCUGCUCGCCGUCUUCCUGCUAUCCGCCGCCGUCCACGAGUACAUCGUCACCUACACGUUCGGCUUCUUCUACCCCACGCUCUUUGUUGCGUUCGGCAUCUGUUCAGUGGGUCUGGUGUUGGUGACGCACGACCAGCUGAGGGGCGGCAACGUGAUGCUGUGGCUGCAGCUGAUGGUGGGCACCGGGCUGCUGGUCAGCGCCCACCUCAUGGAGUGGGAGGCCCGACGGCGCUGCCCUCCCGCCGUCGUGAGUACCCUCAGCUACAUGGCACAUACUGUCACACACUUGCAUAUUAAUGUUCAUGUUUGUUAA